GGUUUCGUGGGUAAAUACCAACCUGUGUGCAAAUUAUCAUUAAUUUGAGAACCUUGAACGAAUAAAUGGAGUGGUUUGGUACUUACUCGUAUGUGAUGAUAAUAUGACUAUUGGCUUUAAACGUGUUGAAUAAAAAUAAGAAAAAUGGGGAAAUUAUUCAUAUUACUUGUGUUAUUUUCAGCAUAUUUUGGUUAUAAAAUAAAGACUUCGUUAUUUAGCACUUCUCCACUACCACCAAAAUUAGAUGAAAUUUGGUGGGGUCCCGGAAAACCAGGAUCAAUUAAGAGUGUAGUGAAACCAUUUACCAUUAGUGUUCCAGAUUCGGUUCUUGAUGAUCUAAGAUGGCGGCUAGAGCAUCAUCGUCCAUUUACUCCUCCACUUGAAGGUGUUCAACAACAAUAUGGAAUGAAUACUAAACUUCUAAAAGAAGUCGUUGAUUAUUGGAGAACAAAGUAUAAUUGGAGGAGUCGAGAAACAUUUUUAAAUAAAUUUCCUCAAUUUACAGUAAAUAUACAAGGAUUGGACAUUCAUUAUAUUCACGUUAAGCCGAAGGUUGCCGAAGGCGUUAAAAUACUUCCACUUUUAAUAUUACACGGAUGGCCUGGAUCUGUUAGAGAAUUUUAUGAAAUAAUACCCAUAUUAACAACACCUCAGGUUGGACAAGAUUUUGUGUUUGAAAUUAUAGCACCUCAUAUUCCAGGUUAUGGCUUUUCAAAACCGGCUGUGCGACCAGGAUUAAGCCCUGACCAUAUUGCACUCGUUUUAAAGAACAUGAUGAACCAUUUAGGAUUCAAAAAGUUUUACACUCAAGGAGGAGAUUUCGGAGCAAUUAUCCUUCAAAACAUGGCUAUCUUAUAUCCCGAAGUUAUACUAGGAUAUCAUUCCAAUAUGUGUUUGGUCAGUUCGCCUUUAUCAUUUUUCAAACAAGUAUUGGCCAGUUUUUUACCUUCUUUUCCUUCUUGGUAUGUUCGGCCUGAGCAUUAUGAUAGAUUAUUUCCCGUAUCGGAAUAUUUUAUGGCAAGACUAAAAGAAAAUGGAUAUCUCCAUGAACAAGCUACCAAGCCUGAUACUUUGGGUGUGGGAAUCAACGACUCUCCGGUUGGGCUAGCAGCGUAUAUUUUGGAAAAAUUUACAACAGGAACAAAUAAAACGUGGCAACUUAGAGAAGAUGGAGGAUUGCUAGAAUAUUUCACAUACGAUGAUUUACUCGAUAAUAUUAUGUUUUAUUGGAUAACUCAAUCAGCAACUACUUCAUUUCGGCUGUAUUCAGAAACAUUUAAUAGAGCUUAUAUGGGUAAAGGCAUUUUAAGUCAACCAAUAAAAGUGCCAACGGCAUGUGCCCGAUUUAGUAACGACUUUUAUACAGCUGAUGGAAUGCUGAAAGAUGUACACAUAAAUUUAAUCCAACUCAAUGAUUACGAAGGUGGACACUUUGCAGCUAUGCAGUUACCUAAAAUUUUAGCAGAGGAUAUUUACAAUGCAGUACGGUUAUUUGAAGACAAUAAACGAUCGAAG